UUUCAAAAUGAUACGAUUCAUCGGUUUGAUACUGGUAAUCGUUGCGGCAGCUGAUGGAUUCGUAACCUUCUCCGUCAAUUUGAAUAAGUUAUGGUCAAAUCAAAAGACUCUUGCCAUCAACCUGUCGCGAGCUGCACAAGGAGCGUCGGUUUCGGAAAAGAUGAAAACCUAUGACGGUGCAGAAUGUGACAGAGUUUGUAACGCGACGGAAUCGCCUCGUAUUUGCUACUUCUCGUGGAUUGCGGAGAGCUAUGCCGCCAUGGGAUCGGCUUGCAAGGAUUGUCGCUGGGGAAACCACACCGAUUGCUUCCACCCGCAGUGCAUCACCGCCGAUGGCAUGGAACGUCCCGUAGUGUCAUUGAAUCGACAAAUCCCUGGUCCAGGCAUCACGGUUUGCCGAAAUGACAUAAUCGUAAUAGAUCUUAAGAACCACAUGGAAGGGUCUGCGGCUUCCAUCCAUUGGCACGGAAUGCAUCAGAUGCAAACUCCUUGGAUGGACGGCGUUCCGAUGGUUACGCAGUGUCCGAUAACCCCGGGAGACACUUUCCGUUAUAUCUUCAACGCUAGUGAGCAUGGAACGCAGUUCUAUCAUUCACAUGCGGGCCACCAGAAGGCGAAUGGACACUUCGGAAUGCUAGUUGUUCGCCAUCCAAACGAUUUGAAUAAGGAUCUGUACGAUUAUGAUUUGGCAGAGCAUAAUAUAAUCAUAGCCGAUUGGACCCUAGAUAUGGCGGAGAAGUUCGUACCGGGUCUGCAAAGUCAUACCAUCCAGAUGGAUUCGAUUUUGAUUAACGGACGGGGGCGACACUUUGACGAAGAAGAACAGGAGCUUCAACCGUCACCACUGACGGUAUACCGCGUUGAACAAGGGAAGCGCUAUCGCUUUCGGAUGAUCAGCAGUGGCAGUCAAUUCUGUCCAUUCCAAUUGCAGAUCGAAAACCACCGGAUGCAAAUCAUUUCCACCGACGGAGGCGCUGUCCAGCCAGUAACUGUGGAUACAGUGAUAUCGACAUCAGGCGAACGGUACGAUUUUGUUCUGCAUGCUGAUCAAAAACCAGGCAACUUUUGGGUACGGGUUCGGGCCGUUGGUUUUUGCGAUAUCCAGCGGAAGGAAGAGUUUGCCAUCCUAUCGUACCAUCCACGGAGCGAAAUUAGCGAUGAAGUAUUGGCCUUCCCACAACAGGUGCCGCCUAUUUGGGAUCAACCGUUUUCCGAUGGUGUGACUUUAAACCACCCGAACAGUACUUGCUAUCAACCGGGCGAUCAAUUUGUCUGCGCUUCUGACCUGGAAUCGCACGAGGAGCAACGUGACGAUGCCCUAAUUGAUGCGGUACCAAACAAAAAAUUUUACAUCACAUUCAACACCUUCACCGCCGACACCAGUUUACUGUUCUCGGAUGUUGGAUACGUUCGCUAUAUGACCGUCGCUCUGACGCUCAACAACAUUGGCAUUACGAACAACAUCAGCAUGGUAUAUCCGCCGUUUCCUCCACUCACCCAACCAGAACUGCUGGACACCAUGGAGAGCCCAUUUUGCAACAUUAGUAGCCGUCCGGCCCGCUGUCCGUUGGAACGAGCCUGCUUUUGCGUCCACCGUGUCAAAGUGGACCUCAAUGACAUAGUGGAAAUGUCACUAAUUGACGAUGCCGAAGUUGUUAGAGAACUCUAUCAUCCGUUUCAUUUGCAUGGCCAUCGGUUCAUCGUUACUGGCAUGGGCCAAUUGCCGAACAAGAUGAAAUACUCAACCGACAAGCUCGGGUGGAUCAAAGACGAAGAACUUAAACCCGUCGCCAAGCGAACACGUGGAAUGCCUGAUGGUCAUAAUCCACCGUACAAAGAUACCAUAUCCAUACCGAGCCGAGGCUACACGAAAAUACGCUUCCGUGCAGACAAUCCAGGUUUCUGGCUGGUGCACUGUCAUUUCGAGUGGCAUUUGGGCAUCGGAAUGAGCUUCAUUCUGCAGGUCGGUGAGGUCGAGCAGAUGAAAAAGGCACCACCAGGUUUUCCCACCUGUGGCAACUACAAACCGGAUGUCGAGAGCAUUUUCCCAUAAUCUGAAGCUGCACGAGUCACCGAACGCUUGG